GAACAGAAGCCACGAAUUUCAAAAAAAAAUACGUCAAAUUCCCAGAAACAGCAGCCGCGAAAUUCCCUUACCCCGCGUCUCCCCCACGCUCUCUCCCUCCUCUCUCCUCCUCUCUCUCCCCCUCUCUCCUCCUCUCUCUAGCGCGUGGAGGAACGAGGCAAUGCAACGGACACCUGCGGUCCUGCUGCUCCAUACGCGACUCUGCGCACAAGGCGUGUUUUCGUCCUCGCCAUGGUGAGAUAGCUCCACGUCGCCUGUCUAGUACCACGAAUUGAUCUCGUCCAUCCACCUCGCCCCCAAUCCGUUGGAAUUUGGCAUCUAAUCGGUAUAUUCCUCGGUUUUGGAUAAGAUUUGGUUUUUCGAAUUGCAAAUUCGGGUUUGGGCUUGAAAGAGCGCCUUCCAGCCUUUUCCCUUCAGAAACACUAAUGAUUUCUCUAUAUAAACCCCCCACCAUCCUUAGGUCAGGGGUUGGAAAAUUGAGAGGUCGGAAAUUUUGGGGGGAAACAAAAUUCUUUUGGUUUUUUUCUGAUUGUGGAAGAACAACGAAGAAAUUUUGGGAUAGUUGUAUCACAUAAAGAUAUACAGAAGCAUUUUCUAGGAAGGUUUCGUGUUCUACUAGUAUUUUAGCCGGAACUUCUUAGCAAACAUAUUCAUAUAUCGGGGAAGAAUAUUCUAGCUACGAAAGCAGGAUACGUUAAAAAGCGAGUGGUUAUCGUUCGAGUGUGGAAGUUUGUUGCUGUUGCUGCUCGUUUUCGUCUCAGUCUUGCUGCUCGGAGAGAGACAUGGAUCGUUUCCCGAAGUUCUAUAUGGUCGUCUCAGCGCCACCUCAGCUUACGAUGUGGUACAACGAUUUGGAUGGGGAUCAUAGGAGAACCCUUAACAAGUACGUAGGUGCCUUAACCAAACUGAUCAACAUGAAUGGUUGGCCAGAACUAGUUGAGGUACUUACGGGGUAUUGGGACAGUCAGAAGAUGGUUUUUUGCUUUGGAACAGCCGAGAUUACCCCGAAGCUGGAAGAAAUAAGGGACUGUAUAGACACCGUAGGCACCGGGAUAGAGAGAAUUGCCAGAAAACAAGAGGAUAUCUUCAUCCCCAACAAACCUUCCGUAGAGAAUAUCGCGGAUUGGUUUGGAUUAAGAAAAGACUUCGCUUACUGGUGCCAGGAUUCCCACGUGGCGUUUAGAGAUCUCUAUAUUCGAUUUGGACACGCGAGUUUCUACGCCGCGUACAAUCGAGAGUUCAAGAUCUCCUACAGAGAGUGGAACGAGAUCCGUCCCCUAGCGUUUGUCGUGGCAUUAUUGGGAACAAUGGUCUUCCCGCACGGUCCGAGUUUGAGCAUCAACACCCGAGUCAUAACACUCGCCCAUACUUUGUUCAAAGGGUAUGAAAAUCAAGGAACAACGAAAUACUACCCUGUAGCUCCAGUCAUACUAUCUGACAUGUAUUGGGCCUUGGGAAAGUGCAAAGAAGGACACCGAUAUUUCCAAGGGUGUAACCUACUCCUCCAGUGGUGGAUCCUCAGCCAUUUGGCGAAGGGUGCUGGGACUCGGGAAUUACACACCCUCGACAACAAAAACACUCUCAAGGACUUAAAUGACUUACUAUACUGGGCAAAUAUGGACAAUCGGAGAACAAGGGGAAGAUGGGCCCAAAUUUUCUCCAAUGGAUGCUCGACUGUUUUAUAUCCAAAGAACUUGUCAUGGAGAGUCGCAGAUAUGUCGUGCUCCCUCUACCAGGCAUUCAAGGAAUUCUCCCUUACGCACCAUUUCGAGUCUUGCGACAGUUCGGAAGAAAACAAACCGUGCCCAGAGAAGCAUACUAUGGCGCUUAUGUGUAUGACAUUGGAGAUGACAGAGUACACGACGCUUCGGAAAUGUUCAGAGAAUUGAAAAACGCCAAACGCAUGAAUAAAGACACUAUCGCCCCUGACCGAUUCAAUGCUGGAUAUGACGAGGGUUACAAAGAAUGGCUGAAGAAGGACAUACAAAAUAUCUCCUUUCAGACUCCGCGUAACUUUCGCAGUGUGACGGACAGAGAAGCCAAAGCAGUGGCUGAACUGGAAGAGAUAAAGGAAGAGGCCAAGGAGGUGUAUGCUAAGUUCGUAGAGAAUCAAGACGCGCUUGAGAGGGCGACCCAAGAGGUUGAAAGACUUAGACGUGGUUAUGAUGAUUUCGACAACUGGAUCCAACAGAAGAUCGAGAGGAUGCGAUACGAAAGUUUGGAAGACAAAGGACGCCUUGGUGAAGGUUUUCUAUUGAUGCUGAGGUAUAUGUUUCAGCAACACAAAAUUCAGAAAGACGGCGACGACGGAGCAGGAUCUUCCGGAGCAGCAUAGUGGACAUCACCCCUGCGUGGUUUUUUUACAUGUACUUCCACUGCUUUAGCCCCUGCGUGGGCCUGAUUUUGUUGCACUUUCGAAUGGCCCCUGCGUGGGUUUGUCUUUAUGUUUGUUUCCCUUUUGCGAACAUUAUUAUUCAUUAGUAAAUGU